CACAGCACGGGCGGCAGGCGCGGCGCACGAGCUCAGGUGGCGGCUGCGGCGGUGGUGACAGCAGCGGCUGCAGCAGCUAGCGCACACCCUCUCCGCGUCGCGCCCGCAGCCCUCCUCCACUGCGCCGCGGAGCUACCGGCCGUCCCAGGGUUUCCCCGGCCCCCGCGCGCACGGGCGAGCCCCACGCACAAUAGCGGCCGCCUCUAUUGUGGUUCCGAGCCCGGGCGCCAGCUAUGGGGAAGCCGGCGAGGAAGGGAUGCGACUGGAAGCGCUUCCUGAGGAAUAAUUGGCUGCUACUUUCCACCGUGGUCGCGGUGGUGCUAGGGAUUGUUACAGGAGUCUUGGUUCGAGAAUACAGCAAGCUAUCUAACCUGGAGAAAUUCUACUUUUCCUUUCCUGGAGAAAUUCUGAUGAGAAUGCUGAAACUCGUCAUUUUACCAUUAAUUGUAUCCAGCAUGAUUACAGGUGUUGCUACACUGGAUUCCAACGUAUCUGGAAAAAUUGGUCUGCGUGCUGUCGUAUAUUAUUUCUGUACCACUCUCAUUGCUGUAAUUUUAGGUAUCGUGCUGGUGGUGAGCAUCAAGCCUGGUGUCACCCAGAAAGUGAAUGAAAUUGACAGGACAGGGAACACCCCUGAAGUUAGCACAGUGGAUGCCAUGUUAGACCUGAUCAGGAAUAUGUUCCCUGAGAACCUUGUCCAAGCCUGUUUUCAGCAGUACAAAACCACACGUGAAGAAGUGGAGCUUUCUGAGGAGCCAGGGACAAACAGCACCGAAGCGACUGUGACAGCCAUCAUGACAACUGCUACUUCCAAGAACAAAACAAAGGAAUACAAAGUCGUAGGCAUGUAUUCAGAUGGCAUAAAUGUCCUGGGCUUGAUCGUCUUUUGCCUCGUCUUUGGAAUUGUCAUUGGAAAAAUGGGAGAAAGGGGACAGAUUCUGGUGGAUUUCUUCAAUGCUCUGAGUGAUGCAACCAUGAAAAUCGUUCAGAUCAUUAUGUGCUACAUGCCGAUUGGUAUUUUGUUCCUGAUUGCCGGGAAAAUCAUAGAAGUUGAAGACUGGGAAAUAUUCCGCAAACUGGGCCUUUACAUGGCCACCGUCCUGAGUGGGCUUGCAAUCCACUCCAUUGUAAUUCUCCCACUGAUAUAUUUCAUAAUUGUACGAAAGAACCCUUUCCAGUUCGCCAUGGGAAUGGCCCAGGCUCUUCUGACAGCUCUCAUGAUCUCCUCCAGUUCAGCAACACUGCCUGUCACUUUCCGCUGCACUGAAGAGAAGAACCGGGUGGACAAGAGGAUCACUAGAUUUGUAUUACCCGUUGGUGCUACGAUCAACAUGGAUGGGACUGCACUCUAUGAAGCAGUGGCGGCCGUGUUUAUUGCACAGUUGAAUGAUUUGGACUUGAGCGUUGGGCAGAUCAUCACUAUCAGUGUCACUGCCACCGCCGCCAGCAUCGGAGCUGCCGGUGUGCCCCAGGCCGGCCUGGUGACCAUGGUGAUCGUGCUGAGUGCUGUGGGCCUGCCCGCGGAGGAUGUCACCCUCAUCAUCGCUGUUGACUGGCUCCUGGACCGGUUCAGGACCAUGGUGAAUGUCCUUGGAGACGCCUUUGGGACUGGCAUUGUGGAGAAGCUCUCCAAGAAGGAGUUGGAGCAGAUGGAUGUUUCAUCGGAAGUCAAUAUCGUGAACCCCUUCACCUUGGAAUCCACAACACUCGACAACGAGGACUCAGACACCAAGAAGUCCUACGUCAAUGGAGGCUUUGCCGUCGACAAGUCCGAUACCAUCUCGUUCACCCAGACCUCACAGUUCUAGGGCCUCUGGCUUCAGAAGACUGGGGGUGGUGAAGGACCUCUCCAGGACAGUCAUCUCUUAGCAAAUUCAGACAUUAAAUAAGGAAAACACUAACAGCCAACUGUACAUCUGAUUUGAUACAGACCUCCAGAUUAUUUUCUAUAUUUGGAUUCACAGCUUUUGCUCACCAGGUUCUGGGAUUUGGGGGUGAGUAAGAUGAGAGGAAACUGAUUAAAAGGAAAGCUGUAUUAUCUGGAAUUUUUAAAGUCUAUGAGAGACAGAAUUGGGAAGUACAUAGAAUAGACAUAACUGUUUUAAUUAGGUAAUAGAUGUGAAAGAGAAAUUGCUUUCUCACGCACGGACUAGUGUUUUGGGUUAAAAAAAAAAUAUAUAUAUAUAUAUAUAUAUAUUGUCAUCGACUACACAUUUUUACUCAGGCUUUCUAUUGCCAUGGAUUUCCUUUGACCUCUCACAUUUGUACAGACUAUAAUGAAGCUAAACAACAGCCCCCCCCCAACAAAGUUAAUGUGCCAAUUUUGAACCCCUCUCCAGCCAAUUUCAAAGGAAUUACUUUGAAAGAAAACAGACCAGCACAGUUCUGCAAUAACAGUUUUAAGAUGGGUGUGAGAUCUGGGGAGAAGAGAGAUUUCUUUUUCUCAAUGUACUGUAUGGGGAUGCUGGUGACUACUGACCCAGUGUUCAGUAGAGAGCUAGAUAUAUAUAUAUAUAUGUAUAUAUUUAUUAUUUUCAUAUAAUUUGCCAGACAAAGGUCAGAACUGAACUCUCAAUGUGAAAUAAAGCACUCUCCUUGUACUUGAAUAAUAACUAUGAUUGCAAUCCAGAUCGGUUUUGGGGCUUAAUCAGAACUCCUCUCUCAUAAGCACUACUAGAAUGAGAAAUCAUGCUAGUUGUUUGUCUCAUGUCUGUGUAUCAGCCCCAAAGCAGAGACACAUUCUGGUAGCACAGCCACUAAUUUAGAGCUUCCAAGAUACUACUGCUGGGAGGCAAUCCGUAUCAGCUCUAUAUAAGACUAUAUUCAUGGGGUCGCAAAGAGUCGGACAUGACUGAGCGACUGAACUGGACUGAACUGAACUGAUACACAAAGGUGUCACUCAUAUAAGGCUGGGUGGGUUUUUAUCCAGCUGGAUGUGUUUAAUAAUUAUAUUAUCCAACUAUAAUUCCUCCAAGGUCAAUUAUACCCACAUAAAAUGACAGUACUUUGCCUUUUUCUACCCAUCAGACCCAAAUAACAGUGGCAAAGCUACCAGCUAAGUUGUAUUUUAAUAUAGGUUUGAUGGAUCGAGUAAGCCACUGGCCAGUAAAGCACUGUCCCUACCCUGGAUUCUUGCAAAGUAAAUCCCGUGACAUGAGACAUUGGUAUCAGUGGUUCAGGGAAUUCUUGCAUUGAAUGAAACUUGUCUCCUCUUCCAGGGAAGAUGGUUCUAACUAGUAGUCUAGUAAUCUCAGCCCCUGCUCAUUAAAAUCUGUUGCCUGUCAUUCUUCUGUUCAUUUGUGAGGACAGUGUAUUAAGUCUGUGCUUGGCUCUCAUCUUGUAAAUAAUGCUUAACAUAAACUUGUAGUUACACCAAGAUCCAAAAUAGUCCUGUUUCUGCAGUACUGCAUAGCCAAGUUAAGCCUAGCUAUGAAACCAGAAACUGUGCCAAAGAUCAUGGAAUAGUUUAAAAAAAAAAAAAAAAAAGCUCUGUAUUGACCACCUGCACCUGAAAUCUUUAAGAGAAUGAUACCAAAUGAUCAUGUAAACGUAAAAUGGACCUGUGAUUAAAUGUGAAUUUUAAACUGCUAA